AUGCACGUAGGCGCCGGGCGCUUGCCCUCUGCCCUUGUGAAGUACUCCCUGGGUUCGGCUCGGGUGAUCAGGACGGACGCCAGUGACACUAUUGACGUCCAGUUGUCUUUCUUUCUGGCGUCGCGUCUCGGGUGGGCACAUGGGUGGAGGGCCAGGCGAAAACGGGCAAAGGAUGUGAAAAAAGAUAGGGAGGAUUGA